AUGCCUUCUUCAACCUUUAUCUUCUACACAAUGUUCUUUGAUAUUGUCCUAAUGAGCUGUUACAGUUUAUGGUUCUUAGCAUUGGCAAGCACGACUUAUAUGUACGCCAGCUACUUGGUCCAUUCAUUCAAAAAGAAGAGAUAUUUCAACCACUGCGCCCAAGGGCUGAACCUAAAGUGUUCAUUGGCAGAGAAUAUGCUAGAGGAUUGCCAAACAAGAACGGGUGAAGUUACUGGAUGUACUUACCGGCUUGCCCAGAGGAGACUGCUGCCUAGCCUCAAAGCUAGUUUACUCUUAUAUUUUGACCGUGUUUUAUUAUAA